ACCAAAAUGACAGCAUUUUAUCACUGAAACUGUAAAAACAUAUUAAUGUCUUAUUUUCAAAAUUAUUUUGGGUCUCCAGAAGUCAUGUUAGUUUUGACAUGCCCGUGACGAUGUGUGUGAACCCCGUGUGACCUCCGUCCUCUGAAGGACAGUCUUAACAGAGUGCGUUUGUUCCGGUCAGAUCUUGACGAGAAGAUUGCGGUUCCGUCUGGAGCGAGCGCCGGGCGAGACGGCUCUGAUCGACCGGACGGGACGCAUGCUGAAGAUGGAGCCGCUGGCCACCGUGGAGUCUCUGGAGCAGUACCUGCUGAAGAUGGUGGCGAAGCAGUGGUACGACUUCGAGCGCUCGUCCUUCGUCUUCGUGAGGAAACUGAGGGAAGGACAGACCUUCACAUUCAGACACCAACACGACUUCGACGAGAACGGAAUCAUCUACUGGGUCGGAACCAACGCCAAGACGGCCUAUGAGUGGGUGAACCCCGCCGCCUACGGCCUGGUGGUUGUGACAUCAUCAGAGGGGCGGAACCUCCCCUAUGGGCGGCUGGAGGACAUCCUGAGUCGGGAUAGCUCCGCCCUCAACUGCCACACCAACGACGACAAGAACGCCUGGUUCGCCGUCGACCUCGGCCUCUGGGUCAUCCCCUCGGCGUACACGCUGAGACACGCCAGGGGUUACGGACGCUCUGCGCUCAGGAACUGGGUGUUUCAGGUGUCGAAGGACGGUCAGAACUGGACGACUCUGUACACACACGUAGACGACUGCAGCCUCAACGAGCCGGGGUCGACGGCCACGUGGCCUCUGGACCCGUCCAAAGAGGAGAAGCAGGGCUGGAGACACAUCCGCAUCAAGCAGAUGGGGAAGAACGCCAGCGGACAGACGCACUACCUGUCUCUGUCCGGACUGGAGCUGUACGGCACCGUCACCGCCGUCUGCGAGGACCAGCUGGGUAAAGCUGUGAAGGAGGCGGAGGCCAACCUGCGUCGCCAGCGCCGCCUCUUUCGUUCCCAGGUGAUGAAGUACAUCGUCCCGGGGGCGCGGGUCGUCCGCGGCAUCGACUGGAAGUGGCGCGACCAGGACGGAAACCCGGCCGGGGAGGGCACCGUCACCGGAGAGGCUCACAACGGUAAGACACUGAAACUAAAGACUAAAACCUCCACCUCCUCCUCCUCCUCCUCCUCCUCCUCCUCAUCGUCAUCGUCAUCGUCAUCGUCUUUGUCGUCCUCCGUCCCGCAGCUUCAGGAGUCUUCAGACGCUCACGUACAGCAGCUGUCCAGUAACUUGAGUAACUUCUCUUCUCAGGAGUCGUCCUGCGUCUGAGGAUCAGCGGUGGGAAGAUAUUUGUUCCAGCUAGUUCUGAAUUUGAAAAUAUUCACUCAAUAUUGAGGUUCACGUUGCGGUGCAGGAACACCUCAGCUGUUGAAGUUUAGGUGAAACGAGGGAAAAAAAACGUACUAAAAAAAAGACUUAAAAAUGAUGCACACAAAUUUAACAACACGAGGAGAAAUUAAAUAUCAGUAGUGAAAGUUUUAUCGCCUGCUGGUUCAAAUAUCUGCCCACAGUCAGCAGUCAUGUUUUACUCUGUGAUCUGCAGGUUAACCUUUUCCUCCCUGAACACGUGACUUUAACAUGACCUGGUGUGGACGCGUGUUCAGCGUCCGUCUGUGUGUCUGCACAAAACCAUCAUUCAUGUCUCGCUUUGAAAGAUUAACAGA